GAGAACUAUUCAGGCACUGAUUCUAGACCAAUAUGAGUAACUUGCCCUCUACAAUAACUGCUGAGUCGUAAAGGUCUUAAACAUUCGCAGGCCGCAGACCGGACAUUUGGACCGGUAUGAAAGCGUUUCAUCCGAACAGCUAAACACCCUCAAACGCUCGGACCCAAAUACUUAAAUCAUAUUUCACAACUUGAUUCACUUCUUCACUUUUCCCACUUCUUCACCUCUUUUCCCCACUUUCCCGAGUAUCUCGUGUUUUCCUCAUGGGUAAAAACAGGAAAAUAUCUUUCUCUCGUGAGUUUGGAAACGGUAUGACUAAAAGUAAAAAACGAGUGAUAUCAACUUUGUCUGGAUCUGGACAUGAUCCAAGUACGACAAGUACGAGUACUUCUGAUGUUGGUGUUGGGGGUAUCAGAUCUGGAAUCACGGAUAAUGAUAGUGUGAUCAAUGGAAAUGGAAGAGAAAAAACAGGAAAUGGAAAAGAUGAGAUUUCAAUGGGGAAUACAAUAUCAAGUUUAUCGGAUAAAAUGGAGAUUGAGAAUGGAAUGGAAAUCAUUGCUGAAUCCAACGCAACGGGAAAGAGUAAAUCUAAAUCUACAACUUUUGGUUCAGGUGGUUCAGGUGAUUCAGGUGGUUUAAGAUCGAUAUUCACUCAAGAAGCUUUCUCGGGGAUCUUGGAACAUAUAAUUUUAGACCUUCCGUUCUCUAGUAUUGCCUCUGCACUUCGAAUCUGCAAAAAUGUCAAUCACGUAAUCUCCACUUCUUCCAUACUCCAACUCGUCCUUCGUAAACUCUAUCAUUCCCUACCUGAUAUCCCUCCACCUCCCGCUGGACUCCCCAAACAAAAUCACAAACCCGGUCCAACUCUUCAACGUAUCAUCCAAAGAGAAAAAAACCUCGCUGCUUUGACCCCGACUGAUAUCCGUUGUCUUCAUGUUCCACGUGGUUUGGUACAACAAAUGGAAGAUGGUUAUAUGCUCAUGUCUGAAUCCUUUGCCAAGAAACGAAGAGAUGAUUACCCUCCUGAAGCUCCGCCGGAAUACGAAAUUGAUGGAUGGUCAGUUUGGAAGUUACCAGGAGAAGAAGAGAUGAUAAGCGAUGGUGUGGCUAAGAAACAUCAAGGGAUGUGGAGAUGGAGAACUGAAGUUGGUUUGGAAGGUGGGAGAGUGGAAUGUUUGGCUUUUUGUCCACAGGAUAAUGUUGUGGUAGUUGCUAGAAGACUUGGCCCUUUCCAGCGCGAUGACAUGUCAAGAGACGUCUUCUCAAAUCGACUAUACUUUUAUCAAAUGCGUCCCACAGAUUCGUCUGAAUCGAAAAACUUGGCCGCGUUUGCUCAAGGUGGACAACCUCAUCCAUCUGCAGCACUCCAUUGUAUCGAGAUCCUCAGUCCGAAAUAUGACGACGAUCCUCGCAAACUGCCCAACAUCGAUUUACAGAUCAUCCCCGGUGGAAGGGUGGCGGUAACGAUGUGGGUGCCUCAGCUUUAUCCAGAGGCAUGUUCGGGUGUUUGGGACUGGAAGCGAGGUCUCUGUCUUGGGAUCGUGGAACCAGCGGACAACUUUGGGAGUUUAUUCAAGACACGCUUCCUCACUCAAGAUUGGGUCGUAGGGACUACUUUCCGUCAUAUCGACGAUCCUGACGAUGAAUUCGACUUCACGUUACCUGUCUACGAAGGUGAUAUCGGUUACAGUCCAUGUAUCGAAGUUUUCAGUUUACUUGAUCCUAAACACGAAAUCAAACCUCGUGUACUGGGAAUAGGAGCUUCUCCCGGUUCUCAACCUCAAGCUUGGUCAAUGUCGAAUUUACCUCAAAUGGGACGUAUUUGUGUUCAUCAACUCCCAACUUGUCUAGUAAUGGAAAUGGAAACUUUAUCUCCUGGAUUUCUACCUAUUGACUUUCAAAUCCAAUGUCCUCUUCUUCCUUCGCGAGCUUUACAAACCGCAAUGGGAACUAUCUCUUUCAGUCUCAUAGGUACCGUUGACGAUCUGUUAACAGGAGCUCGAAAUUAUACAAGUGUUCAAGGAUCUUUCAGAGCUCGAUUCUUGAUUUCAGAAUGUUUGGCCGCAGUUGCGGCCAAGAACGUGAUAAAGAAUAUAAGAAGAGAACGUGGUCUCUCUCGUAGAUCUCAUUCGACUAAUCGACGAUCAUCCGGCAUGACAGAACAUGAUGAAGACGACUCGAAUGAAUGGACGGACGAAGAAGAUGAAGAUGAAGACGAUGAUGAAGACGAAGUAGAUAAACGUCCACAUUGGUUCCUACCUUGGUCUGAUUUCUCUAGAAGUAUUCAUCUACGUAAAGAUCAUCCUACUUUAGGUCCAACUUGGGGUUCAAGAGUGAUAACAGUUUCUUCAUGUGAUGGAAGAUGUAUGAAGAAAUAUAAUGGUGUUCAUCCUGAAGAAAUAACUCCAAUAGUUAGAGAUGUUCUCAUAAAUAUAUACGAUUAUAAUCAAAAAACUUUGAAUGGUUAUCGUAUAGAUGGACCAUUAGGUACAUUCCGACUUGGUAAAACAAAUUCAACUUCAAUUUAUAAUGAUAAGAAAACAACGACACAAACACAUUCUUGUCCACUUACGAAACCGAUCUUACUGCCGACAUUAGAAUUCAUCUCUGAACGAGAAAAACAAACCAAGACGGAAACGACAGAAUCAGCACCGAUGUUUGUUGAAGACAAAAUGUCAUCUGGAUUAUCGUAUACCAAACGUACAGGGUUAAUAACUUUUGAUCCUACUAGACAAUUGGAGAAAAUGUUCUUUGAUGGGGAUAGGAUCGUUUUUGGAAUGGAUUUAGUGUUCUUCACAAAAUCAUUCCGAUAUCUAGAUUACAGUUGA